AUGGAGCCCGAAGCGUUCGCGCAGUUUCUGGACAAGUCCUUUGAGCUGCUGCGACGGCAGCUUCUGGAUGUUUAUUCUGAAAGCAGACGCGAGCAAGCGCCGCGGUCGACAACCUACGAGCCACGGUUUUCAGAGCUGGAGCGCCAGGUCAGGAACCUGUCUAUGCGCAGCGAGAACCCCUGGCACGAGGGGGGGGACUCAGUCCCCAUCAGCGAUGCUCCGCUGCGCUGGGAUCUGCCAUCAAGCCGCCAACAGCCGCUUGAGCUGGGGCUGGAUGACUCGGACGAGAUGGAGCAGGUUUCCUCCGAAGAAUCCGACGACAAAGGCGGACUCAACCAUGGAAGCUCUGACAUGUGUUUGCCGUCCGGGCUUCGGGGGCUCAGCCCCCAAGAGAUGAAAACCGUUCGGCACCGCCUUCGACUUCGCUUAGGCAUCCUCGGAAAAGAGAAGCUUAUAUCAGGCAAGCAGCUUCACGAUGCCGUUUGCUCCUUGGGCUUGACACGCUACACGGAGGAUGAUACGAACGACAUUUUGAACCAGUUGGCCACCUGGAUCAAUCUGACCUUUGAUGGUCAAGCGGAGAUGGAGAAGUCGUGGGAGAUGCCGCUGGGCUUGCCCAUGUUGGGCUUGUUUGAGCGAGAAGGCCCAAAGUUCUCCGGCGAGCCUUCCUGGGAAUGGCCGAGUGUUCAAGAAUCCAAAGAGAAGCACCAUCACGAAGGCUCGAGCCACAACGUCGCGACGGAAAGGAAGCGAAGCUGCGCCUACAACGUCGUACCGGUGCAGGCACUUAUCGAACUCCUCCUAGCACAGGAAGGAGACAUCCAGAAGAAGAUAUUUGGUUCAAGGAUUUUGCAACAAUUUAAGGCAAUCAGAGAGAUCUUGCUCGCAAGUGACACGAAUCGAUUGGUUGCAGAGCUGACCUUUGUACGCAUUAACGACCUGGCUGCUCCUCCGGAAAAUGUGAACUUCCUGAUGUACAUGGAGCCUUUCGUUGGCUUUCUGAUAUUGGCGAACGGUAUCCUGAUCGGCUUGCAGACUGAUCCGACCUUUGAGGACUGGCCGCACUGGGUCUACGUUGAGAUGGUCUUCAAUUUCUUCUUGGUCUUAGAGGUCACGCUACGCCUUUGUAUUGAAGGAUGCCGCGAUUUCUGGUGCGGAGUGGAAAGAACUUGGAACUGGUUCGACAUGGUCCUGAUGUGCACCGGCAUUGUCGACACUUCUCUCGGUUUGCUCUGGUCUGCUUCAGAGAUUGAAGCUAUCGAAGGUGCGUCUUUGCUUAGAUUCUGCCGACUAUUGCGGCUUGCGCGAAUUGUGAAGGUCUUCCGCUUGAAGUUGAUGAAAGACUUGCGGCUUAUGGUUAAAGGACUCAUCGCAGGUAUUUGGACCCUGUCUCUUGCCUUUGUGCUGCUUUUCGCCGUGUUGUAUGUCAUUGCCGGUUUUGCCACGAUGAUCUUGGGCCACAGCAAUGAUUUGCGAGGGAUAAGCGAGGAAUACUUCUACAACAUACCGAUGUCCAUGUUUACAGCUUUCCGAUGCUUCACUGGAGAAUGUGUCACCAAGAAUGGGGAAUCCAUUACCUCCAUUCUGGCAGAGAAGUACGGCGCCCCUUUCGUCCUAAGCUUCGUUGUCAGCUACAUGCUUGUGACGAUGGGCAUCUUCAAUGUGAUUCUGGCAGUCUAUGUGGAUAUCACCAUGAAGGCUGCCAAGGCUGGUGCUGGGUUGAUGCAGUGCGUUUGUGGUUUUCGUUUGGCCUCUACCCGAGAAAUGGUGUUGGCGGAAAAUGAGUCCUUGAAUGCAGAGCAGUACUCGCGCGAAUCACUCCGCAUCGCUCGAUGCACUCGUGAACUUCUCAAAAGAUUCGCUGCAGCGAACCACCAGUUUAAUGAGACGGAAGACCACCACGUGGACUUCACCAGCUUGAACCAUGCAUCGUACUCCUCACUCCUCACCGACGACGAGCUUCAUGAGGACAUUGCGAUCAACAAAGAGCUGUUCCUCAUCAUGCUGCAGGAUCGUGGGGUCCACUCCUUGAUGGACGAGUUGGACAUUCCACCUGAGCGAUAUCUGUUCGCCGCGGACGCAGAAGGUACGUGGCAAAGUGUACUUGAGCACAUGUACCAGUCGCCUGGACUCACAGUUUAUCCGCGUGCUUCUGCCUUGUACAACUUACGCUUCAUGCACAUCCCGAAGACUGGCGGCAUGACGGCGAAGUUCCAUUGCUCCGCCGACUACUGGCCCUUCGUUUCAGAGGAUACAUUCUGUUUUGCGAGGAAUCCUUAUGCCCGUGUCGUAAGUGCUGCCCGACAUCGCGGCAUCACCAAUGCAAGCCAGCUCAACACGUGGGUCCAGGUGAAUGUCAGGAAUGCAUGGAGGGAUCGCGACGUUCGGAACCACAACAUCGUCUUACCUGUGUCCGCAUUCAUCACGACCAGAAGCGGAGAGAGAAUGUGCUCGAGCGUGCUCAGGACUGAGAGCUUGGCCAGCUCGCUUUGUCACUUCCUCUCCCAGCGUGAGCCUUUGCUCGAUGUUGCGGCUUGCUCGUCAGAGGUGGAGUUUUUCUCGCGUGAGGGACUGACUCGUCGACACCGUUUGUCCGCGCGUGAUCUGUCUAACAGAUCCAUCGCACUUAUCAACAAUGUGUUUGAGAUGGAUUUCUACGAGUUUGGUUAUAAGAUGUGGAUGGGGAGUGGCAUUGCGUGA